CGAACGCUUUCCACCGAGGCGGACUUUGAGCGUUCGCGGUCGCGUCGAGAGGGGCGCAUGCGCGAGUGUCUCCGGGCUGGCGCGCGGGGAAAGCCGGAAUUGAAAGCGGGCGAGAGAAAAGCGCGCGUCGCGACAACGAGAGGAGAAGACAGAGAAAAAAAAGGAAAAACGAAAGGAUCGUCUUUGCGCGUUCCGAUUUACGAGAUUCGUAAGCGCGUGAACGCGCAUGCGCGCAUCUCCGACGCGUAACAGGUGUCAUUCAGCGUCGCCAAAGGGGCGUCGCGAUCACCGGCGUCAAUCAGGUUAGGUCGGUCGGUCUGUCUGUUUGUCCGUCUUGUACCCGCUCGUUUUUCGCCGACGACAACGUGGAGACGUCGAGAGCGACAGGUCCCCCGGCGCCGACGACGCGUGCGUGCGACAACAGGGGCGCGUAUACAGGGUGUUCUUUGAUGGUGCAGCAGGGCGAACGGCGGGGGAUGGUCCCGACCUUGACAUGGAGGGCCACGACAUUCAGGAACUGGCGGUGACCGCUAAGGACGGCGUGAUCGUUAGAGGCGGAUAUCCGGCGCCGUACUCCUCACCGAAUGGCGAUGCGGAUUUGGGAAUGGGCGCGGGGGCGGUCGGCGGCCCCGUUCUGAAUCUACCUCCGGUUCCGGUCGGAAACGCUGCGUGUGCCAUAUGCGGCGAUCGCGCGACCGGAAAGCACUACGGCGCCGCUUCUUGCGACGGUUGCAAGGGCUUCUUUCGCCGAUCCGUCAGAAAGAAUCAUCAGUACACGUGCAGGCUUAUGAGAAAAUGUCAGAUCGACAAGGACAAACGAAACCAGUGUAGAUACUGUCGAUUGCGCAAAUGCUUUAGAGCCGGUAUGAAGAAGGAGGCCGUACAAAAUGAGAGAGACCGCAUAAACAAUCGACCACCGAGCAACGAGAAUCAGACGGAAAACAGCGGCCCGUCGAUGGAAGAUUUACUGAUGGCUGCGAGGCAUAUUGGAAUGCUUGAGCUGGGUAAUCCGAAAGAAGACGUCGAUCCUAGCACGAAGCGGAUAGCUGGCUUAAACGACGUGUGCGACAGUAUGAAGGAGCAAUUGCUGAUCCUGAUCGAGUGGGCCAAAUGCAUCAAGGAAUUUGAGACGCUUCCGCUGGACGACAAAGUCGCGUUGUUGAGAGCCCAUGCAGGCGAGCAUCUGCUGUUAGGGGUGGCGAGACGCAGCCAGAUACAUAAAUUAACGGACGUGCUAUUGCUUGGCAACGAUUGCAUCAUCAUGAGAAACUAUCCUGUAAUAUCGUUGCAAUUCACAGAAGGGAACAAUCAGCAGGACUUAGAUAUCAGCAAGGUUGGCGUUAGAGUGAUGGAUGAACUGGUGGAACCGUUGAAGAAGAUUAAGAUCGAUGAUACAGAGUUUGCUUGUCUCAAAGCAAUCGUGUUCUUUGAUCCGAACGCGAAAGGUUUAAGCAAUUCAGAUUCGAUCAGGACCUUGCGCAAAAACAUCCAGAUAAAACUUGAGAAUUAUAUCAGCGAUUAUCGCUGUCACCUCACGGGACACUUUGGCGAUAUUCUGCUGCUGUUACCGGCUCUGCAGUCUAUCUCGUGGCAGAUGAUCGAGCAGAUACAAUUCGUCAAGCUAUUCGGGAUGGCGCAUAUCGACAAUCUGCUUCAAGAAAUAUUCUUCGGCACUACAUCGGAGGUAAAUGACACCAUGACGUCCAUACCGAUCUCGAAUACCGCUCCGGGCAGCUACAUGAGUAGCAACGAGAGUCCUACCAGUCCCUUGACGCCGGCCAAUACCGGCAACCUCAGUCCGCAAACCGAUCAAAUGCCCGUCAUGAUCCUGAGGGAUUUGGCGCCGAACCAGGAUUUCAGGUUCUUCAAACAGGAACCAAGUCUCGAGCCCGAGACAAGUUUCUGACUAGAUUGGCCAUAGAGCUGAACCUGCUGCUGACUAGCCAAUGAUGUUCUGCUCAAACAAUUGCUCAAGUUCUAGCAUACAUUACGUUACCAUAGCAUCGAAUUAUCGAUGAUAUUAAGGAAAAAAUAAUAUUUUGAUAUAUUGCAACGUGUGAGAAAAAUAAAGUUUGAAUUCGACAUGUUGCAAUACACGAAGUGAACGAAUUUCAGGAGCAGGAUUUUUCACCAAAUACGGGAUAUCAAACAGUAAUAUACAUACGUCAUUUGUUAAACAAUUGAGACGAAUUAAUUGAUUUUGCAUUGACGUAAAAAAAAACAAAAAAAAAAGACUAAUGCUGUUGCAGGACAUCUUUGUUGCAUACUGUAUGGAUUUGCCGUAUUCGAUGAAAAAAUUUUACCAUCGUACCACUUAAAUGUCCAGAGUUUAUACAAAUGGACAACGCAGCAUGUUGUAUAUAUUUUUGAUGGGAAAUUGAUCAGUUUACCGAUAUAUAUUUUUUACCGAUAGUCGCGAUUCGAAAUAAAUCUCGCCCCUGUACAAAUAACGAUUGAUCGCCGACCAAGAGAUCGUCGAUAUAAAUGUGAUAAGAUCAUAUCUUGCCACCAUUAGUACUACUGUUGCGACAGUAUUUGUGCUGUUUUUUAAAAUAUGAAUCAGGAUCAAAAAGCGAGGCAAACAAAACAUAUAUGUGUCUAAUAUAAUAAGUCAUGCAAUUAUGACAAUAAUUAAAUUAAACAUAAGACUUAAAAUCGAUAAAAUUAUGUAAUUUUUUUUUGUUAAAAUGUUUACAAAAAAAUCCUUACCCAUAAUUGAAUGUCACAUUUUCAUUGUCACGAAUUAUACAUAGAAAUCGAUUUUUUAUACGUGUCUUACGAUAUCAGAAUCCGAAUUCAAUCAAGUAAUAUCAAUUUUAGUUUCUAAUUUGAUAUGAAAUAGGAAGUAAAAUUAUAUCCGAUAUUAUUACAGGAAUAUAUGGUUACAAAUAUGUCGAAUUAAAUAAGAAUAUGCAGAGAUAAUCUGCAUCGAUAUUAUGAGAAAUGUUGUACUGUUCUGCUCAAUUUGCGAAUGGAAAUAAUGUUAUUCUAAUUCGUGAUGUAAUAAUGUAAAUAGCAUGAUGCAAUAACGUAUAAUAUAUAUAUAUAAAACAUUCCAAAUAUAGAUGUAUCGAUGUUAUAAGUUA